AUGAAUAAUCCUCAACGUGGCACCCUCUACGAGUGUGGGCACUCUCUUCGGCCAGGUUCUGCUGAUAACGCGGCGGGCCCUGGUGGCGGGCCCGCACAGAGAAGAGGUCGCCGUUUCGAAUCGCCACGGCCCGUGUUGGUAAAGACUCAGAGGCACGUCGCAGAUCGCCUUGUUGAUGUGGGCAAUGUUGGAGUUAUUGAAGCUAUUGAGAGCUUGCACGACGCGCGAGGGUUGCCUGUGAGGGCAGACGGCCACGGCUACGAGGGGUUGGGGGCGGGCGUAUGUCCACUGCACGGCCUCCUAUAUAACCGUCACCAACUUCUUUUCAUUCCACGACCUCGCCGAUCCAACCUCACGCCGCCAAAGAUGUGCGUAAUCUACCACAUCUACUUCUCCCAGUGCGAUCACAAAGACGCACUAUUUGUGCCGUGCGCAGACAGGGAGCCGCGCACCAAAGACUGUCCGAAGGGUGACCCCAGGGAAGUCAGACACACCCAAGACGGUCCCUGCGAGGACUGCCACCCGCCACAGGGAGACGAGGACCCUGACGCCGUGGUGGAAAGCGAGCAGGAGGAAAAGAGAUGA